CUCUUGCAUACUCACACAGAAACUACAGAGAGUACUGGUUUAGAUCUGUUACAGCUGAUCGAGAUUGCAGGAACUCAACUUGUCCACAAUGAUGCUCACUGCAGUUUUUAGCAGCUUAGUUUUUAUGAAGAGGAGGAGCAUGAUGGAGAUUUUUCCCGAAAAGAUAAGAGACAUUUGGAAGGAAUGGGAACUGAGAGCACUGGUUUUCAUUAGCCUCAUCUCACAAUUAGUUCUAAUCAUUUGGGGCAGUCGCCGGAAGUACAAUCCAAACUUGUGGAUUGCAGGUCUAGUCUGGAGUGCCUACUUGCUAGCAGAUGCCGUCGCCACCAUGGGCCUCGGCGUUCUCCUAAACAACCUUGGAGAAAUCUAUGAGCACCAUGGCUGUUCUAUCGAUGCUAACAACGAGCUUACAGCAUUUUGGGCACCGUUUUUCUUGUUGCAUUUGGGCGGCCCUGAUACUAUCACAGCUUACUCUUUGGAAGACAACGAGUUGUACCUGAGGCACGCAUUUGGUCUAGUUUUUCAAACAGUGGCAACAGUUUACAUCAUUCUCUUGGCUUGGAAUUCUGGCUCUGAUCUUUCAUUUCUAGCAUUGCCAAUGACUGUUGUUGGGUGCCUCAAGUAUGGUGAGAGGACAUUUACUCUUUUUUUCGCAAACGGCGAUCAACUUCGAGACUCGAUGCUCACUUCCCCUGAUGCUGGUCCAAGCUAUCCCAAAUUCAUGAAUGAGUUCAGUUUGAAGCAUUCAGAAGGGUUUCAUGUUGAGGCACAAGACGUAAUUGCAGCAAGUCAUCAGGUUGAGAUCUCAGUGCCUGCAGUUCCUGAACCAGACUCCACACCUGAAGAACACAUCCGUAAAGCGGAUGACUUGUUUAAGAAAUUCAAGUGUUUGUUUGUGGAUCUUAUUCUCAGCUUUCAAGACAGAGACCACAGUCGAUAUAUGUUCCGGAAAAUGUCUUAUGGAGAAGCCUUCAAAGUGAUUGAAAUCGAAUUGGGAUUCAUGUAUGACUUACUCUACACAAAGGCAACAGUAAUUCAUACUUCUUGGGGUCUUGUACGCCGCAUUAUCACCACCUUCGUCACCUUCGUCGUGUUAGUGAUCUUCAGCUGUUUCGUCAACAGGAAGAAAUAUACCAAGAUAGACCUUUCAAUAACCUUCCUAUUGCUGAUAAUAGCAAUUGUUUUAGAGAUAUAUGCAGCUUUGUUUCUACUUUACUCAGACCAAUCCACUCUAUGGCUGGAUCAGCAUAAGAAAGUUGCAACAUGGAUCAAAAAGAUCAAGAAUUCGACAAUCUUGAAACCCACAGUUGGUUUUUUGGAGCGAAUGGUUAAACUAAAUAGGUGGUCAAAUCAAAUAGGGCAAUACAGUGUUACAUGUCUUUGCCUGCAAGAGAAACAUGGCCUUAUUGGCCUUGUUUAUAAAAUCUCAGGGCGAUUGCAGUCCACAGAAAGGCUAUGGAAAGAUUACCAGUACACAACUUACAAGCAAGUGCAGGACGAUCUGAAGAAGUUGGUCUUCGAACAUGUGUCAAACAUGAAACUCGAUGAAGAAACCAAAGAGGAAAAUCUGAAGAAGCGGGUCCCCGAAAAUGUGUCAAACAAGAUAUCUAAUGAAAUCGAAGUGGAAAGUAGUGCUGGUGAUGACAAGAAAAAUGACCAUAUUAAAGAGGUAUACUCCAAAUGGGGAGGCCGCAUACUUGAAAAUUAUAAGCAAGAGUCUCUGAAUUGGAGUGUGGCGGCUGAGUUUGACAAAAGCAUUCUUCUUUGGCACAUUGCAACAACACUUUGCUAUUACAAAAAUUAUCCGGAAAAAGGUAGCAAUUCAGGUGAGACCAAGUAUCGAAAAUUCAGCAAGUAUCUGUCUAGAUAUAUGAUUUAUCUCCUGGUUGUGUAUCCUUCAUUGUUGCCAGUUGGGAUAGGUCUUAUAAGAUUUCGAGACACUUGCUCGGAAACCGAGAAAUUUGUUCAAGUACGAAUACCCAUCUAUUGUAGCAAGGAAUAUCGUGCUCCAAAAAAGGAUGAAAGAAAAUGUUCAUUCUUGCGAAAUGGGAUAAUCCUUAACAAAUUUCGAGAGACUUGUUCGAAAAUCAGGAAAUUUUUCAAGGAAGGAAUGUUCACCUGUCGUACAAGCCAAACUCAAAGCAACACCGAAACUUCAAACGGUCAAAGAAACACUUCAUUGUCGCGGACUGGGUUAAUUUGGAAAUAUUUCAAGGAACGAAUGUUCAUCUGUUCUACAAGCCAAACUGAAAGCAGCAAUGAAACUUCUGGUCAAGAAAACACUUCAUUGCCGCCGACUGGGACAAGGCAAACUCAAACCAGUAAUAAACCUCCUGGUCAGAAAGGGGAUCUACGAAAAGAAAGAAGAGUUGAAGCUUGCAGAAUGUUACUUGGAGUUAAAACUUAUGUCCCGCCAAACAAAGUGAAAGGAGAUAGAAGUAAAUCAGUGUUAUUUGAUGCAUGCAAGCUGGCAACGGAGUUGAAUAAAAUUACAGAUGAAAAAAGGAAGUGGAACAUGAUUACAGAUGUUUGGUUGGAGAUUUUAAUUUAUGCUGCAAGUCAGGGAAGAGGAAAUCAACAUGCUCGCCGCCUGAAACGAGGAGGAGAGCUUCUCACUCAUGUCUGGUUUCUUAUGGCACAUUUUGGAAUGACUGAUCAAUUCCAGAUAUCUCAUGGCCAAGCGGCAGCCAAAUUGAUUGUCAAGUAG